AUGGUCCUCAUGGAGGCGCCGCUGCUGGUGAAGAGGCCGUCCGUGGUCGCGGAGGAGGACGCGGCGGCGCCGAGGAGCUACGCGGAGGCGCGGCAGGCGUUUGUGCGGGAGGCGGAGCGGCUGUGGGUCAUCGCGGCCCCCAUCACCUUCAACAUCCUCUGCCUCUACGGCGUCAACUCCGCCACGCAGCUCUUCGCCGGCCGCCUCGGCAACCUGCAGCUCUCCGCCGCCGCCGUCGGCCUCUCCGUCGUCUCCAACUUCUCCUUCGGCUUCCUCCUCGGCAUGGGCAGCGCGCUGGAGACGCUCUGCGGGCAGGCGUACGGGGCCGGCCAGCUGGGCGCGCUCGGCGUGUACAUGCAGCGGUCGUGGAUCAUCCUCGCCGUCUCGGCCGUCCUGCUCUCCCCGCUCUACGUCUUCGCCACGCCCAUCCUGCGCGCGCUCGGCCAGGACGACGCCAUCGCCGACGCCGCGGGCGACUUCACGCUCCGCAUCCUCCCGCAGAUGUUCUCCCUCGCGCUCACCUUCCCCACGCAGAAGUUCCUGCAGGCGCAGAGCAAGGUGAUGGUGCUGGCCUGGAUCAGCCUCGCCGCGCUCGCCGCGCACGUCGCCAUGCUGUACCUCUUCGUGUCGCGCCUCGGGUGGGGGCUCGCCGGCGCCGCCGCGGCCUACGACGUCACCUCGUGGGGCAUCGCCGUGGCGCAGGUGGUGUACGUGGUGCGGUGGUGCGGGGACGGCGGCGGGUGGGACGGCCUGUCGUGGAAGGCGUUCGAGGGGCUGUGGGCGUUCGCCAAGCUCUCGCUGGCCUCCGCCGUGAUGCUCUGCCUGGAGGUCUGGUACAUGAUGGUGCUCGUGGUCCUCACGGGCCACCUCGACGACGCGGAGAUCGCCGUGGGCUCCGUGUCCAUCUGCAUGAACCUCAACGGGUGGGAGGCGAUGCUGUUCAUCGGGCUGAACGCGGCCAUCAGCGUGCGCGUGUCCAACGAGCUGGGCUCCGGCCGUCCGCGGGCGGCGAAGCACGCCGUGGCGUCGGUCAUCGCCCAGUCCCUGCUCAUCGGCCUGCUCGCCAUGGCGCUCAUCCUGGCCUACCGCAACAGCUUCGCGGCGCUCUUCACGGGCGACCGGGCCAUGCAGGUCGCCGUGGGGAAGGUGGCCUACCUGCUGGCGGUCACCAUGGUGCUCAACAGCGUGCAGCCGGUGAUCUCCGGGGUGGCCAUCGGCGGCGGGUGGCAGGCGCUGGUGGCGUACAUCAACCUGGGCUGUUACUACGCCUUCGGGUUGCCCCUGGGGUUCUGCCUCGGCUACCUCCUCCGGCUCGGGCCCCAGGGCAUCUGGGCGGGGAUGCUGUGCGGGACGGCGCUGCAGACGGCGGUCCUGCUCGCCGUGAUCUGGAACACGGACUGGGAGGACGAGGCGGCGCAGGCGAACGAACGGAUCAGCGCGUGGGCCGGCGAGAGCAAGCAGCUGGUUCAGGGGGACGCCGGCGCCGGCGACGACGGUGACCUCAAGGAAGCGUUCCGAGUGUGA